AUGAAUCCUUGCUUCUUUGUCAUCGUUUUGCUCCACUCUUCAUUGGCCACCGCCGUCAACUUCAAGCAAGUAUUCGACUGGCGCCAUGGAUUGGACUACGAGUGGUCGUCCGAGGAGAGCAGGAUAAAGGCCUUGAAAGAUGGAUCUUUCAAACCAGGGAAAAUUGAACCUCGUUACAUGGCUGUGUACAAAACAAGGAUCUUCCUCAGCCUUGAAACAUCUAGUAAUAUUCCGGUGUCUCUGGUGUCUUUGCCGACGAGGAGCGCGUCCUCUGCAUCCCCGAAGCUCACUCCAUUCCCUUCGUGGAACAUACAUGGAAAGGGUGACUGCUUCAAAAUUGAAGCAGCAAAAGGGCUGCAAGUGGACUCCGUUGGCAGGCUGUGGGUGCUUGACGAGGGUAGCCGCAAUUGUAGUACCAAACUAUGGACCAUCUACUUGUCCACGAUUCAUCACACCAAACUGAUUCAUCGAUUUUCUUUUCACUUUUACGCGAACGACUUGCUGCUUGACGAAACACCCAACGGAACCUUGGCCUACAUCUCGCGGAGGCAUCAACGACACAUUGUCGUUUUUAGUUUGGAUAGUAAAGAAACUUGGAUAUUGGAAACGCCAGGAAUCGAGGUUUUAUCCAUCGCCCUGUCCCCUAACAAUAAGGAGGAACCGAGACAACUCUACCUCAGCAAAUGGAACUCCAAUGAACUUUAUUCGAUUUCCGUUGACGCACUUCGCAAAGGAACUCCAACUACAAAUCCGAAACUAAUCGGAAAGUGGACUGGAACCCCAUGUAAAAUGGCGAUGGACAAUCACGGGACCAUAUAUGCUUCUUUUUGGUGGAAACACUACAUACGCUCUUGGGACACAUCCCAGCCAUUUGAGGAGCAGCGUUUUUAUGAGGAAAAGUCCAUUUUCCGUGACAACAAUGUAAGGGGAAAUCACGCCCGCUUCACCUGGUCUCUACGAGCAACCGAUUUGUCUCAGCCCUCAAUCUACGAGGAGAUUGAAAGCGAUGCUUGCGAGGACAAGGACUUUUGA